UCCUUUUGAGUCCAACCUUUUCUUCUCCCCGUGACAAAGCAUAAAUCAUGGACACCAGAAAGUAAGGUGGACCUCAGGAAUUCUCAAAAGACUGAGAAGCUUACAUUCCUCCUCGGGAGGGAAGGGUGGGGUGUUUUUAGCCCUCUCUGGAACCUAGAAGGAAAAACAUGAGUUGCGUGCCAUGGAAAGGAGACAAGAUCAAAUCUGAAUCAUUGGAGCUGCCCCAGGCAGCACCCCCACAAAUCUACCAUGAGAAACAGCGCAGGGAGCUCUGUGCUCUGCACGCCCUCAAUAACGUCUUCCAGGACAGCAAUGCCUUCACCCGGGAAACACUGCAAGAGAUUUUCCAGAGGCUAUCGCCAAACACCAUGGUGACCCCCCACAAGAAGAGCAUGCUGGGAAAUGGGAACUACGAUGUGAACGUCAUUAUGGCAGCACUUCAGACCAAAGGCUAUGAAGCUGUUUGGUGGGACAAGCGCGGGGAUGUUGGCGCCAUUGCUCUCACAAACGUUAUGGGCUUCAUUAUGAACCUGCCCUCCAGCCUGUGCUGGGGUCCCCUGAAGCUGCCACUCAAAAGGCAGCACUGGAUCUGUGUUCGAGAGGUGGGAGGUGCCUACUACAACCUCGACUCCAAACUGAAGAUGCCCGAAUGGACUGGAGGCAAGAGUGAGCUCAGGAAAUUUCUAAAACAUCAUUUGCGAGGAAAGAACUGUGAACUCCUGCUGGUGGUACCAGAAGAGGUGGAGGCCCAUCAGAGUUGGAGGGCUGACGUGUGAUGCAGCCCCAGCCAGCCUCCCGCCACCUCAGCCUCCUGAAAUCCUCCGUGCUGUGCUGCGGCCUCUACCGUGGGUCUGCCCUUGCCACUUCCCCAAACAUCUCAUCGGGUUUUUUUCCCCUCUGAUUUGACAGUGCAAUAGGACAGACAUGUGGACUGUUAGAAGGACCAACCAGCGUCACUUGCUCCUGGAAAAGGAAAGCAGGAGCUCUGUGUGCUUAGGGUGAGCUGUGGAGACCUUGGUUUUAUUUUAGAGAGGAGAAAGGAAGGUGGGUCUCAGCUGCCUCUCCCGGUUUCCGUGAGGGCUUGGCAGAGGCUCUGCUGGAGUUCACUGCUGCUCU